GGGAAACGAAACACUUUUAUAGAUGCAUUUGUUCAUCGAUUUCUAUUUCAAUUUGAAACAUAAGAGUCUUGAUAGACUUCUUUUGGCAUCAUCUGGAGCAAAUUGUAUGCACAGAUACAAUAUGUCUUCGAGUCAGCCUGAAUCACAGGUGAGAGCUGGAGCCGACCGCAUGGGCUACGGACCCGAUGGAAUUAGGCCUGGUUCUGCAGCAGCUGAUCAUAUGUCCUCAGAAGCAAAACUGCAUGGUGGCAAAAUCCCAUCAGGAAGCCCGGUCUCUCAUAUGCAGUCCUCCGGGAGCAAGGGCCAAAGCUCUAAAGGCGGAAGCAAGGGCCAAAUCACAGAAAGACACAAUAAGUCUUCGAGUCAGCCUGAAUCACAGGUGAGAGCUGGAGCCGACCGCAUGGGCUACGGACCCAGUGGAAUUAGACCUGGUACUGCAGCAGCUAAUCAUAUGUCCUCGGAAGCAAAAAGGCAUGGUGGCAAAGUCCCAGCGGGAAGCCCGGUUUCAAAGAUGCAGUCCUCCGGGAGCAAGGACCAAAGCUCUAAAGGCGGAAGCAAGGGCCAAAGCUCUAAAGGCGGAAGCAAGGGCCAAAGCUCUAAAGGCGGCGGCGGUGGCGGACGUAGGAAGUAG